AUGGACACAACACUCAAGUACACUGGUCAGGUGAUGAAUUUCUUUGGUCGUGGUGGAGUUGAUAAUAAAAAACGUCGGAAUUUAUUUUCAGGAUUAUUAUUUGAUGAAGAUGAAGAACAACAACAACAACAACCAACAAUUAAUACAAGAGAUAGACGUUCAAUUUCUAAUGCAAGUGCUGAUUCUAAACAACAUCAUUUAGAUCAUCAACAACAAGGCUUGGCAUCACCUACCUCUAUCAGAGAUGGUACAACAAGUAUUAUUGGAGAAAGUGAAAUUAAUUUUGAUGUUAAUGAUUUAGAUAUUACUAAUGAUGAUUUUGAAGAAUUAAUUAGUGAUUUAGAUGGUAUUGAUUUAAAUGAAUUUGUUCAAGAUGAAUUAGUACAAAAGGCUAUUCAAGAUGGUGUUGAUUUGAGAGAAUAUUCUAAACAUAUCGAAGAUGAUUUACGUAAAAUUGAAACUCAAUCUAUUGAUGAUUACUUGGAAGAAAGUGAAAGAUUAGCAGAUCUUCAUAUUCAAUUACAACAAUGUGAUAAUGUAUUAGAAAAGAUGGAAAAUAUGUUACAAAAUUUCCAAGGAUCACUUGGUAAUAUUAGUGAAGAAAUUAAAUCAUUGAGAGAUCAAUCAUUUACAAUGAAUAUUAAAAAACGUAAUAGAGAAACAGCUCAACAAAAAUUAUCAACAUUUGUAGAUAAAAUUGUAAUUCCACCUGAAUUAACUAAAAGAGUAUGUGAUGAUAAUGUAACAGAUACCUAUUUGGAACAUUUAUUAACACUUGAUGAAAAGAAAGAUUAUAUUGAUUCAAUUCAAAGUCAAGUUAAAAGACCAAUUAAAGCUUGUGAUGAUGUAUUACCUAUUUUAGACAAGUUAUGUACCAAAUCAGUUAGCAAAGUUAGAAGUUAUUUAUUACAACAAUUGAAUGAAUUGAAAAAGCCUAAAACUAAUACUCAAUUUAUCAAACAAUUAUUAUUGAAAAAAAAGUAUUAUUUUGAUUUUGUUUCAAAAUAUUCACCACAAACAGGUGAAGAAUUAAUUUCAAUUUAUGAUGAUAUAAUUGGUAGAUAUUAUUUUAAUAGUUUUAAAACUUAUCUAGUUUCUCUAUUGAAAUUAGAACAAAAAGUAGGAACAAGACAAAGUUUAAUUAUUGAACCAACACAAUCAUUAUUAAAUAAUAUAACAAAUAUAACAGUUAUUAAUCCACUUUCAUAUACAACUAAUAUGUUAGCAAAUACAGUUGGAUUAGGUUCAAAAUCAUCUGAAUCAUCAGUUAAAGAUAUGAAUAGAUCUGUUUUUACAUUAGGUGAACGUUUAAAUGUAUUAGAAAAUGCAACAGAUUUAAAUUCACCACUUGUAGUACGUGUUUUAAUUGAACAAAAUAAGAAAUUAUAUAUGGAAGAAAUAUUUAGAUCUGUUCAUAUAUUAUUAAUUAAUACAGCAACAUCUGAAUAUAUAUUUACAUUGGAUUUUUUUAAUAAUGAACAAAUGUUUGAAUCAUUAUUUUCAAAAUCAUUACAAUUAUUAAAAGAUACAUGGAUACAAUUUAUAUCAUCAUCAUUUGAUUGUAUUGGUAUUUUAUUAAUGAUUAGAUUAAAUUAUUUAUUUUCAAGUUUAAUGGAAAAGAGAAAUAUGAAAGUUUUAGAUUCUUAUUUUGAUCAAGUUCAUUCAAUUUUAACUCCUAAAUUAUUUGAAUUAUUUGAAUUAAAUUUAAAUUCAAUUAGAGAAUCAAAAAUUGAUCAAUUAAUUUCAAAAGAAAAAGAUUCACAUACUCUUGCUAAAAGAUUUGCUGAAUUUUCAUGUUCUAUUCAUUUAUUAAAUAAGGAAAAUCCAACUAAAUUUAAACAACAAGUUGAAGAACAAUUAUUAACAUGUCGUGAUUUAAUUCUUAAACAAUUAAUUUUAAUUUCUGAAAAGAUUUUCACUACAAAACAAUUUAAAAAGAAACAAGUUUUUUUAAUUAAUUCAUAUGAUUUAAUUGUACAUCAAUUUAUGCAAUCUAAAAUUGAAGUUUCUGAUGGUUUACAUAUUCAAAAAUUACUUGUUAAACAAGUUGAUCAAUAUAUUGAAUCUGAAUUAUCUGAAUGUUAUGGUAAUAUGAUUAAUUUUAUUCAAUCAACUGAACCAAAAUUAUCUUUAAAUAAUUUAAAUAAUAAUUCAAAUAAUUCAAAUAAUAAUGGAAAUAAUGAAACAAUUGAUUUAAAUAAGAAUUUUGUACAAAAUAGAGCCAAAGUAGAUUGUGCUGAAAUGGAAAAUAUUGCCAAAGAUUUUGAUAAAAAUUGGAAACAAGGAAUUUCACAUAUUAAUUCAAAUGUACUUCAAAACUUUUCAAAUUUUAAUACUGGAAAGGAAAUUUUACAAAAAGCAUUUUCACAACUUGUUUUAUAUUAUACUAGAUUUACAAAAAUUGUAUCAUUAUGUUAUGGUGAUAAUCCUCCUUUCCGUUCAAGUAUUAUUGCCACUCAGAAAAUCUUGUACGAAUUUAAAAAGUAUAUCCAAGAUUUUAAUUAAAUUUAUUUUUCAUUCAAGUAUGUAUAAUAAAAUUGUGUGAAAUUUU